CGGCCCCCUCUCUCUUCUCAGAUGGAGGAGUGAAGCUCACUGACACACAUACAGACGCAACAAGCCACAGGCAGGCACGCUACCAGACAGACUGGCAGACAGGUAAGCAGGAGGCAGGCACCAUGACGCAAACAGGGGACAGACUCAGCUCUGUGACAACAGAUGCCUCCCACAGAACUGAACACUGAAGUUUACUUUGAGAGCCUCAGUGGAGCUGGAAUAAGCAGAAAAUAAGACAAAUAACAAGACGGGAUGAGGAGUUCUUGACUGCUGUUUUUUAGGCUGAGGAGGAGGGGGUAUUUUACACACUUUUUCUGUAGUUGCUGAACCUGUGGAAUUACAUCUAUGAGCCAGGGGAGGACUAAAGCCAGCAUGGUAUUCAGCUGGCAAAAGUCAUUUGCCAUCCUGAACCCCUGGAGGAAAGGGAAGGGGGACAAUGUGCUGGAUAAUGAGGUUGUCUUGACCAAGAUGAAGCUCUUCAACAACUUCCAUGAGAAGCUCCUCAACAACGCUGAUGAUUCUUCAUCCACUAUCUCCAUGUCAGUAUCUGAGCAGGACAUCUCAGAGCCUGUCAAAGGCUUGAAGGGGAAUGCUGACCUGGAUAACAUGCCUGGACAGCCCCUGAUGGAGUCAAACUCAGGCUACCUCUCUGACAUUUUCUCAGACUCUCAGCUUCCCAUGCUGUACAAGUUUGAGUCGGAGGACUCUGGAGUGGAACUGCCCAGUGGAACCAACUCUCCCUCCACACCCACCGGCUCAGAGCAGAGCUUUGUGGUCCACAGCCGGGAACCCUCCUAUGACUCCUGUAACCUCAAUACUCCUGUCCCUACCCCAGGUCCACUCCUCACCAUUGAACAGUGCUCUGACACCAAACAAACAGAGGGUAUGAGACACACACCGUGUACGACUGUAGACAAUGCUGUGCUGGAGUGCAAUACUGUGGAGUCGGGGGCUGAACUCAACACAGAAGUUGAGAGGGUAGACCUUCAUAUAACUGAGAAGGACAUAAAUAUGGAGAGGGCCCAACACAGGGCCUUGAAGGACACUGCUGAGGACAGUGAUAGGGUUUCAGAGGAGCUGGGUGAGAACAGGGCUGUGACUGACGGGAUCAACUCCGAGAACACAAGGUCCAAGAGCCAGUGCUCUACAGGGGCCUGUGAUGAUAUGACAGGAGAUAACUUUGAGCAGCGGCCUCUGAGGAAAAGCACGACGAGCGACAGCCUAGAGGAGUAUAUGGAGGAAUGCUGUAGACUGAGUGAGGUCCACCAGGCCAGCUCCAACCCCCUGGGCUCCGGUCUGGGCUACCUGGAGCACAUCUGCCAGCUCAUUGAGAAGAUUGGUCAGCUCCAGGAACACAACCUCAGGCUGCAGAAACAAAUCUGUGGGCUGCAGAAGGAUGGAAGGAUGACCAAGACCAAAGAGGACUUCUUCCUGCAGCACUGUAGCUGUGGAACGGCCGGUAUGGCCUUGCAGGAGCAGAAAAGACAUUCCAGGAGUGAGUUCCUGACCACCUCCAUGAGCGGCACCCUCUCUGACCUCUCCACCAUCCCUGAGGUCACACACCACACAGGACUCACUGCCAGGGGAGAGAGUGACCAGGGUGGAUGCCAGCCCCUGGUGCCCCUUUGGAAGAGGGGCCUGUAUCGGAUGAGCUACACAGAGGGAGAUACGCGCUCCUAUCUCUCUGAUAGUACAGAGGGUCUCUCUGCCCCACACAGACGGCUGAGUGAGAACUACACGUGGGGCAGAGUGAAGGAUCUGGUGAAGAAGACCAAGCUGAGGAACCAGAGCAGACUGGGACAAACAUCCACCUCCCUCAAGAGAUCCUGUCCACAGCUUUACCGCCCUGACCUGGGACCAGUGGACCUACCAGGAAGAAACAGGAACUCCAUGAUCGCCUUGGGCCAUCAGAACAAACUGGACUUCCAGUGGCCCCGAUAACCAUUGUUGAUACGAAACAGAUGGCCUGAAGUGAGAAGAGAAUGUCCGGAAGAGGAUAAGGUGAAGUUGCACAGAUUCUUGACUGGACUGAGAGGGUAGUGUGAAAGGAGGGGAUGUGAGAAAUAACACUUGUGAUGGAUGACAAAACUUUGAGUGAGGAGUGAAAAGAAAACAAAAAGAGGGAUGGUCAUGGACAUCUCUCUUGAGAUAAAAAUCUAAACUAAGGGAUUUUAUUGUCUCAGAUAAGGGAACAUUGGUAUUUAUAUGAGAAUAGACAUGCAUGUACUCCACAAUGUACAUGAGUACGAUACAAAUGAUUUAAUCUUGUACUAUAAUCGUUUUCUAUUCAAUUCAUAUUGUAAUGCUUUCUCGAAAUAUAUGUUAUGUUAUUGACAUUUCAGUACUAUGUGUUGAAGAAAACAAUAACUAUUUGAUAUGGUUGUUCCAACUAAGAAAUAGCCUAGACAAUAUUCUGGGGUGAAAUUAAAGGGAUAGUUCACCCAAAUUACAAAAUGACAUUGGUUUCCUUACACUAUAAGCAGUCUAUGGACAAGCUAUGACAGCAAUGCAUCAUUUGGUUUACUUUCCCUGCCACUGUUUCAACAUGCUAGCAUUUUAGCAUUUGUGGCACAAAUCCCAUUCAAGUCAUGGGACCAAUAUUAUUUGCGCAUCAUGCCCAAAUCAAUACAUGAUUUAAAUUCUAGAUAAGAGCGUCUGCUAAAUGACUAAAAUGUAAAGGUAAAAAUAAUUCAAAAGUAUCUAAAGUUGCUUGUCAAACUCAACAAAGUCACAUAGAUUAUUUGAACAUGAUGCUUGAAAAAUACUAAUAUCGGUCCCAUGACAGGGUAAGGAAACAAAUAUGUAAUUUUGUGUUUGGGUGAACUAUCGCUUUGGUUAUCAUGCUGUAACAGUCCUGACCUGUUUUAUGUUGUUUUUUAUGUGUUUAUGGUCAGGGCAUGUGUUUUGGGUGGGCAGUCUAUGUUAUCUGUUUCUAUGUUGGUUUCGGUGUGCCUGGUAUGGCUCUUGAUUAGAGGCAGGUGGUUUGCAUUUUCCUCUAAUCAAGAGUCAUAUUUAGGUAGGGCAUUAUCACUGUGUGUUUGUGGGUGAUUGUCUCUUGUGAUGUCUUCGUGUCGUUAUUCGAUGUAUAUUCACAAACGGGACUGUUUGGCUGUUCGUUUUGUUUCGAUGUCGUCUGUUGCCUGUUCGUGAGUUUACGUUUCAGUUAUGUAAGUUUAUGUUCAGGUUUUCGUUCUACGUUGUUUUUGUUAUUUUGUAGUUUGAAAGUGUUUUGUUUUUGUUUCGUGGUACCAUCUUCAUCGUUGUAAAUAUAAUAAAGAUGGCAUAUUUCCCAGA